AUGAAGUCUUUCGAGUGCAUCAUCCCGUCCUAUUUUCAGACACCCUAUAUCAGGUUACCCACUGAGACAACAGGUCAGCCGAGGUUAUUACAGCAUCCUACAACACCUGCCGUCUCUCAACCUCGAGCUUUACCGUUCAACUCAAACCCGGAGAACAUCAGGGCCAAAGCCCAGGCAGAUUCUGUCUCACUGUCCGCAGGCAUCCUGGCCUGUUCAUUCAUCCGUGCUGAAGAGCAGAGGUACGACUAUAAAGAAAUGCUGCAUAACUCCACUUUUUGUCUCGUGCCUCGAGGACGCCGCCUGGGCUCUUUCCGUUUCUUGGAGGCUCUGCAGGCCGCUUGUGUUCCCGUCAUGCUCAGUAAUGGCUGGGAGCUUCCCUUCUCAGAGAUCAUUGACUGGCGCACGGCCUCCAUCAUUGGGGAUGAGAGACUUCUUCUACAGAUUCCAUCGACGGUUCGCUCCAUCCAUCAAGACCGCAUUCUGUCUCUCCGCCAGCAAACGCAGUUCUUGUGGGAAGCGUAUUUCUCUUCUGUGGAGAAAAUUGUGCUCACUACAUUGGAGAUCAUCCAGGACCGUGUGUUUCAACAUAACACCCACAGCACUCUGAUGUGGAAUCGGUUGCCCGGAGGACUUUUCACUUUGCCCCAAUACUCAUCCUACCUAGGCGACUUCCCUUUCUUCUAUGCUGUACUCGGUGUUAAACCACAGCAGAAGUUCACAGCCGUCAUUCACGCUGUCACGCCUCUUGUAUCUCAGUCUCAACCGAUUUUCAAGUUGCUAGUGGCUGUGGCCAAAUCACAGUACUGUGCCCAGAUCAUUGUCCUGUGGAACUGUGACAAGCCUCUCCCUGCGAAGCACCGCUGGCCCGCCACCUCUGUUCCAGUCAUCGUAAUCGAGGGCGAGAGCAAGGUGAUGAGCAGCCGAUUUCUGCCCUAUGAAAACAUCAAAACAGAUGCAGUCUUGAGUCUGGAUGAAGACACUGUGCUCUCGACUACAGAGGUGGAUUUUGCCUUUACAGUUUGGCAGAGUUUCCCAGAGAGGAUUGUGGGAUACCCUGCACGGAGCCAUUUUUGGGACUCUAACAAGGAGCGCUGGGGCUACACCUCCAAGUGGACCAAUGACUACUCCAUGGUGCUGACUGGAGCUGCUUUCUACCACAGGUAUUAUAACUACUUGUAUACACACUACCUGCCCAGCAGCUUAAAGAGUAUGGUUGACCAGCUCUCAAACUGUGAAGACAUCCUCAUGAACUUCCUGGUGUCUGCUGUCACUAAGAUGCCUCCUAUCAAGGUCACCCAAAAGAAGCAGUACAAGGAGACGAUGAUGGGACAGCAUCAUGCAGAGAAUCCCGAGCCGGGCCGUCAUAAAUCCAGAGCUGAGGUCAAAGAGGGUCAAGGAGGCGAGCUCAGGCCUGACGCUCUUAUUUACUACAGGAUCUUCAGCACAAACGCUGCCUGUAGCUCAUAA